AUGUAUCAACAAUUUCAAAACUACCAACCUCACCUCAAACAACAUCAUCAUCAUAACCAACAACAACAACAACAACAACAACAACAACAACAACAACAACAACAACAACAAGAACUUCUACUACAACAUAAAGAACAACAAUAA